AUGAUUUAUCAGGAGCAUAGGGAGAAGGUUAUUGGAAGGAUUAAGAGUAAGUAUCAUCAAGAGAAGCCGUAUAGGGAGAAGGUUAUUGGAAGGAUUAAGAGUAAGUAUCAUAAAGAGAAGCAGUAUAGGGAGAAGGUUAUUGGAAGGAUUAAGAGUAAGUAUCAUCAAGAGAAGCCGUAUAGGGAGAAGGUUAUUGGAAGGAUUAAGAGUAGGUAUCAUAAAGAGAAGCCGUAUAGGGAGAAGGUUAUUGGAAGGAUUAAGAGUAAGUAUCAUCAAGAGAAGCCGUAUAGGGAGAAGGUUAUUGGAAGGAUUAAGAGUAAGUAUCAUCAAGAGAAGCCGUAUAGGGAGAAGGUUAUUGGAAGGAUUAAGAGUAAGUAUCAUCAAGAGAAGCCGUAUAGGGAGAAGGUUAUUGGAAGGAUUAAGAGUAAGUAUCAUAAAGAGAAGCAGUAUAGGGAGAAGGUUAUUGGAAGGAUUAAGAGUAAGUAUCAUCAAGAGAAGCCGUAUAGGGAGAAGGUUAUUGGAAGGAUUAAGAGUAAGUAUCAUAAAGAGAAGCCGUAUAGGGAAAAGGUUAUAGGAAGGAUUAAGAGUAAGUAUCAUCAAGAGAAGUCGUAUAGGGAGAAGGUUAUUGGAAGGAUUAAGAGUAGGUAUCAUAAAGACAAGCUGUAUAGGGAGAAGGUUAUUGGAAGGAUUAAGAGUAGGUAUCAUAAAGACAAGCUGUAUAGGGAGAAGGUUAUUGGAAAGACUAAGAAGAAUUAUCAUGAAAGUGUUGUGUUUAGGCAGAGGGUUAAAGAAAGAAGUAAAAGGCAGUAUCAUGGAAAUGCUCAGCAUAAAAAGCGUGUUUUAGCAGGUAACAAACUAAAGAAGCUGGAAAUGAAAGAGAGGUCACAGCAGUUUGAUUUUGUAAUGAAGCAGUUUUUGGAUAAAGUGAAAGAUGGGCCAGAUUUUGUAUGUUGCGUCUGUCAAAGGCUGCUGUUUAGACAUCAGGUUUUAAAUUGUAAAAGACAGUAUUAUAGUAAGAAGACGGCUAUCACUUCAGUUGCAGAUGCAUGUAUUAGUGAAGAAUAUUUACACAAAUGUAAUCAGGAGUGUGCAAUGCCAUGUCAGUGGUUAGAUACGCCUCGAGGCCAGCUGCAUAUCUGUUAUACGUGUCAUUACAAGUUAAAUAGAGGUGAGGUUCCCCCUGAAUGUGCACAAAACAAGUUUCCUAUUCCAAGAGUAUUGGCGUGUUUGGGUAGUUUAGAACAACAUUUGAUUGCGUUACAUAUUCCAUUCAUGAAGAUGUUGCCAUUACCUAAAGGUGGGCAAAAUGGAGUACAUGGGCCAGUUACAUGUGUUCCAGCAAAUAUAGUACAAACUAAUAAUUUGCUGCCACGUUCUACCAUGGAAGGCUCUUUGUUGCCUGUGAAAUUGAAACGCAAGUUAACAUAUAAAGGACAUUAUGAGUAUCAGUAUGUUGACACUAUGCACAUAAGGCAGGCACUACAGUAUUUAAAAGAGACCAAUGUGCAUUAUAAAGAUGUAGAGUUUAAUGAAGAGUGGUUAAAUGAGUUUUGUAGGGAAGCGGAUAGUGAUGCGAUAGAAAAGGCCAGGGAUUCUAAUGUAGACAGUGUUGAAACAUCUCCUGAUAAUGUGGAUGAUGAGCUUCUACAUGAUAGACAGCAGCAUUGCAUGUUUCAGGACACCUGUCUCAUGCCUGUUGAUAUUGGUCAGGAAGUGCUGGAUCAAUAUUUUGAUCAUAUAUUGAAUGUGGCACCUGCAGAAGGAAACUCUCCUGUGAGAUUGCUCUCUGAUCCUGCUAAUGAGGCCAAAUGCUUCCCGGUGUUGUUCUGGCUGUCUACAUAUCAUGAUGAUAGACAGCAUCGCUUGACAUUGUCACGUUAUUUUAAUAACAGGAUUUUACAUGCUGAUGGUAGAUUUGCACAAAAUGUUGAAUAUAUCUUUUUUGCCCAGUACAUGUCUGAGGUUGAACAGGUUGUGUCAAAUGUAUCUAUAGCUUUACGGAAAGGAAAAGGAGGUGCUAAAUCUCAGAAAGUCAGUGGGGAUGUUUUGACCAAUGAGGGAUCUUUAAAGAAGCUGUUGGAAUUUGAUGAUGGUUAUCGUUUUCUUAAACCUAUUAGAGGUACACCAUCUUUUUGGCAGGGAGCCCAGCGUGACCUGUUGGCUUGUGUUCGUCAGCUCGGUGUCCCUACGUGGUUCUGCUCAUUUUCCUCUGCUGAUAUGCGGUGGAAAAACCUUCUUUAUAGUAUUUUGAAACAGGAAGGUAGAACAGAGACUGUAGAAGAUUUAGAAUGGGCAGACAGAUGUGACCUUUUACGUCGCAAUCCUGUCACUGCGGCUAGAAUGUUUGAUUUUCGCUGGCAUUGUUUUUUGAAGGAGGUACUGAUGUCUCCAUCUCAUCCAAUAGGCAAAAUAAAGGACUACUUUUAUAGGGUGGAAUUCCAGCAACGUGGUUCACCACAUGUCCAUUGCCUGUUUUGGAUUGAGAAUGCCCCAUUAAUUGAUAGACAUACAGAUGCGGAGGUGGUUGAAUUUAUUGACCAGUACGUUACGUGUGAAUUACCGGCCCAAGAUGACGCAUUGGUUGACAUUGUUACAUCUGUGCAACAGCAUUCAAAGCGGCAUUCAAAAACCUGUAAAAAGAAGAAAACUGUUUGUCGUUUUAAUUUUCCCAGGCCGCCAUCGGCAAGAACAUUUAUAUCUCGUAGUGUUAGUGAAGACGAUGACAAAGAAACAUGUACGUGUAGGUUGGAGCAUUGUACAUGCAAGAAUCAGGGACAGACAAAACCUGAUAGGAUGAAAAAAGAGUAUGCAGUGAACGUCAUGACUGCUAUUAAGGAGGCUCUUUCAGACGAGGAUGCUAGAUAUGACACUGUGGAGCAGUUGUUUAAACAUUUAGGUAUAAAUCAAGCACUUUUUGAAGAAGCAUAUAAUCGCUGUGGUAGGAACACACAUGUCGUGCUGAAGAGGCAGGCAAAUGAAGUCUGGAUUAAUCAAUACAGCAAACCACUGUUAAAGUGCUGGAAUGCAAAUAUGGACAUCCAAUAUGUUGUUGAUGCCUAUGCAUGUGUAGUGUAUAUCAUUUCUUAUAUUUCUAAAGCAGAAAGAGAAAUGGGAUUGUUGUUAGGAAAUGCACAACGGGAAGCAGCUAAGGAAGGAAAUGCUAGUGCAAAAGAUGCCUUGAAAAAGUUAGGGAGUGUGUAUUUACACAAUAGAGAUGUGUGUGCUCAAGAGGCUGUUUACAGGUUAACAAAUCUACAUCUGAAGGAGUGUUCAAGGAAGGUUGUAUUUGUGCCAGUAGGUGAUAACAUUGUUAAAAUGAGUCUGCCUUUAAGUGUGUUAAAACAAAAGGCAUCAUCACAUGAUCUUACCACAGAAGAUAUGUGGAUGACUAGUUGUGUCGAUAGAUAUAAGAACAGGCCAAAAGAUACUACUUUUAAUGACAUGUGCAUGGCAACAUUUGCGUCAGAGUACCGUGUUCUGUCUAAAAAUGAAAUGUCAAAGAAUAGGAUUAAACUAAACGGUGACUGUGGUUUUAUUUUAAAAAGAACACGCACACAACCAGCAGUUGUUCGUUAUGUUCGCUUUUCUGAGACAAAGAAUCCAGAAUUGUUUCAUCAGAGCAUUCUGCAGUUGUUUUUGCCCUAUCGUAAAGAUGUACAGCUGAAACCAGCAGGUUUUGAGACAUAUGAGCAGUUUUACGGUAGUGGUGCGGUGAGGUUAGGUGAUGGAUGUCUACAUCUGGUCAAGUCAGUUGUUGAUUUAAAUAGAAGGAAAUUUGAAAUAGAAGCAGAGGAAUUGGACAAUAUCCAAAAUGCAAUUGGUAGUGAUGGUGUUAUUGAAGAUGCCUGGUGCGAGCUGUGCCCAGAGCAAGAAUUGGAGCGCUUAGAGUGUCAAGAAGAACGUAGAGACACAGAACAGAUAGUGGAAGAACAUGUAGACAGUAUUCCUGAUUUAGGAGUGACCAGAGAACAAGUUUCACAUUUAGAAAAGAAAAGUAACACCAUGAGCAGAAGUGACGGUUUGGCGUUACUUCACUCUCUGAAUGAGACCCAGAUGUGUAUUUUUUUUCAGAUUAGACAGUGGUGCUUAGAGACUGUAAGGGGGAAACAGCCAGAACCAUUACAUGUUUUCAUUACAGGUGGUGCAGGGACAGGUAAGAGCCAUUUAAUCAAGGCUAUUCAGUACGAGGCAACAAGGCUGCUGUCGACAGUGUGUCGUAAUCCAGACGACAUUUGUGUUUUGUUAACUGCUCCUACGGGGAUAGCUGCGUACAAUUUACAUGCAGCUACCAUUCACCGCGCAUUUAGCAUUGGGAAAGAUGUACGCUUACCGUACACGCCUUUGGGUGAAGAAAAGCUUAAUUCUUUACGUGCUAAAUAUAAUAGCUUGCAGAUUUUGAUAAUUGAUGAAAUCUCCAUGGUAGAUCAUAAACUGCUAGUUUAUGUCCAUGGAAGAUUACGACAGAUCAAGCAAUCUGGUGACUAUUCCCCGUUUGGAAAUGUCAGUGUAAUUGCUGUUGGAGAUUUUUUCCAGUUGCCUCCAGUUAAAGGGAAACCGCUGUAUGUACAUGAUGUAGGUGUUGAUUUGUGGGCUAGUCUAUUUAAGGUUGUGCAAUUAAAAACUAUUGUUCGGCAAAAAGAUGAAGUAUUUGCCCAGUUGUUGAACAGAGUAAGAACUCGUUCAAAAGGGAUCCCGAUGCUAGACAGCGACGCUGAAACAUUAAAACGUUGUGAAACCGGUGAACUCAGCUCAGCUUUACACAUAUUUCCCUCCAAUAAACAAGUAAAUGAGCAUAAUGUGGAUCAACUCUUUAAGACUUGUCCUGAUUAUGUUCGGGUAGAUGCGCAGGAUUUUGUUAACAGUAAGAAAACAGGCAAGUUAGAAUUAAUGAAGGGACAUCAUGCCAAAACAUAUAACACAUGUUUGGAUGAAAUGCUGCUUUUGGGAAAAGAUGCGCGUGUAAUGUUAAUAAAAAAUGUAGAUGUGAAUGAUGGUCUGGUUAAUGGGGUAUGUGGUACAGUCACGCAUAUAGUUUAUCGCGAGUACAAUAACAAAUUUCCUCAAACUGUGUUUAUCAAAUUUGAUGACAGUCAAAUUGGUGCACAGAGGAGGAAAUGCUGUGCAGAUUCUUCAGCAGUUGCUAUAGGUGCUACAGGUAUUGAACCAGAAGAGGAAAGGGUUACAAAUAAAGGUGGAUUGCGACGACAAUUUCCACUAAAACUGGCUUGGGCUUGUACAGUGCACAAAGUACAAGGACUUAGUGUAGAUGAAGCUGUAGUGUGCCUUAAAAGAAUAUUUGCACCUGGGCAGGCAUAUGUGGCAUUAAGUCGCGUUAAGAGUUUGUCAGGUUUAAUUAUUCAGGACUUUGAUGAGAAGGCCAUAUAUUGUAAAGAUAACAUUAAAGAUGCAAUUGAAAACAUGCCUCCCUUCUUGGUCGAAAGGACCACAAAGCACAAAUUCAAUACACAAACCUUCACUGUAUUUUUGAUGAAUGUUCAAAAUUUAAGACGACAUGUAGCACAUUUAGCAUUGUGUACACAGCAUUUGCAGCUUAACUGUAUAGCUGUUACAGAAACAUGGCUGCCUGCAGUUUCCUCCUUUGAAACUGUAAACAUUGAUGGUUAUAGUUUUCAUAGUCAGCCCCGAAAUUUAUCAUACAGUAGCAGCAACCCAACAUUGCUUGAAAUACAAGGCCAACAACAUGGUGGAGUUGGCAUGUACAGUGCAAACAAUUUGGCAUAUAAUGUUAUCGAGACACCACAUGUGAAUUUAGAAUGUUUGGUUUAUAACUGCACUACAUAUAAUAUAUUGAUAGCAGUUAUUUAUCGUCCACCACCGUAUCCCUUGUCUUUGUUCAAAGAAAAUCUGGGCAAGUUACUUGAUUGGUUAAAUCCAAUAAGUAACACAAUUGCUAUCAUGGGAGAUUUCAAUGAUAUUUUAAACUCUUCAACUAUCUGCAAGUUUAUGACCAACAAAGGGUUUGCCCAAAAUGUCUCACAAUCCACAACAGAGAAAGGCACUUUAAUUGAUCAUGUGUAUGUUAAAACAACACAUUAUAAUGUAGAAUCAACAGUGUUGCCAACAUAUUUCAGUGACCAUGAGGGGAUUGUAUGUUCUUUCACAUCUAAAUGUUAAAUCAAAGUUCAGAGAAAGGUUAGGGGAGCACAUUAGUGUAUUUUAUUGUUUCCUGAGAUAUUGUAUCACCAGCACAGCAUCAUUAGAGAUGAGGUUCAAAGGAGUGAAUCUGAUCUGUUCAGUACCAUUUUGCGUGUUUUGUGACUCAUCUAUUGUAUUUAUUAACUUUUAUAGCUUACUAUCAUUGCAUGU